GUGUGUCACAUUUGAGGAAGGAGGAGGAAGUGACGGCCGCUGCCAAAAUAUCUGACCUACUUCUGCGGAGAGGAGAGGAAAACAGGAGCGCGACACGACCCGACUGAAAACUGGAGGAGCGGAUUUUUACACUACAACAAGUGACAACGCGAUGGCCUCUACAUCGGCAUCAACAGGUGGACCUGCGGCGUCCGACUCGGAGCUCUCGCACCUGGAAGGCGUCGAAGCUUUGAAGACGAAGGUGGGUCCGGUGCGGAGGAACCUCUUCGGGCCCGUGGACCACCAGCAGCUGCAGCAGGACUUCCAGCGGCUGCUCUGCAUGAGCGUGGAGGUGGCCAACAAGCGCUGGAACUUCGACUUCCAGCGAGACCGGCCAGGAGAGGGCGCCAGCAUCCAGUGGGUGGAGCUCAGGUGCCAGGAUGUGCCGGCGUUCUACCGGAGCUGUUCGGUGCGACCGGCGGUUCGACCUGGAGCCAAGAGGCGGACAUCGAUGUCUUCGAUGUCGUCGUCGGGCGAAGGGUCUCCCGUUUCCAGCAGCUCCUCUGGGGAUGAGUACCUGGAAGUGAUCACAAGGGGGUGCUAUCCCAUUCAUCGACCGAAUAAACGUCAAUCUUCCAUAACAGACUUCUUCAAGGUGAAGAAGAGGAGGCGUCUCCAUUCCAAAGUGUCUCCUCGGCAGUGAAAGCCCCGGCGGCCUCGACACGUGUACAUAUGUAGCAUCGGAUAAAUGACUUUCCACGAGCUCAAAGAGCUUCCAAACUUCUGACUCCACGUGUGUUUAAUCCUCAGCGCAAGGAAGCUACUUUUCUCAUCGCUAGUCGAGCUCAGACUUUAGAACAGGGCUAACCAACUGGUGGCCCGGGGGCCAAAUCAGGCCUGCGGGUGAGCUCAGUUCGGCCCACCAGUGGGUUCAUUUUUAAAUAAAACUACACUUUAAACCGUAAAACAAACUGAAUGACAACUGCUGGAUGUCCGGCCCCUGAGCUCUUGGCUUUCUGCAACUGUGGUCCACUGAGCAGUUUACCGUAUUUUUCGGACUUUUAAGGCGCAUUAAGCGAAACAAAAACAUUUUUGACAG